GCAUUGCUUGCAGGAUCACGGACGAAUGGGUAGAUCGUUGCUAAGACGAUUUCCUAACAUCUGACGACAUGAUGCCGACUGAAUGGAAGUUCAUUCCCGAGAGGUCUGUCUGGCUCGCACCAGGCCCACUGAGUGGGUGCGCUAUGCAGCUUGUACAUAUGCAUGCAGUGCCGUCGUCGUAUUCUCAUGCCCCGCACUAAAUUACGCGUUGAGGGGCAGCUACUGAGGGACAUCCGGACCUCCCUAGACGCGUCGAGCCGUGUCGAGCCCACAAGCUUACCAUCAGUUAGCAUUGCACUCGAACAACACAAAUCACAAUCAUGGGCAGCUUCGAUCAGAGCAAAGCGUACGCAGCGCAAGAAGAGGACGGCGCUUUCUUUGAUGAUGGCCGCGAGAUUGAGCUUCUGCACUUCGUUUACUCCCACCCCAAUAUCGACAAAAUUCGGGGCUCGCCCGAGAAUGUUCUUGCAGCCAUUGACGAAUAUGGGCGCACGAAGAAGUAUCUCAUGAACGUAGGAGAGCUUAAGGGUCGUAUAGUAACAGAUCUUAUUGCAGAAGUCAAGCCCAAGACAAUGGUCGAGCUCGGCGGCUACGUUGGCUAUUCAUGCGUCCUCUUUGGUGAUGCGGUUCGCAAAGCUGGAGGGCAACGGUACUUCAGCUUGGAGCGCGAUCCUGCGUUCGCCGCGGUCAUUAUGUCUCUUGUCGACCUGGCAGGUCUUUCCGACGUUGUCAAGGUCGUCGUUGGCUCUAGUGAUGAAUCGAUUGCUCGUCUGUAUCAAUCUGGGCAGCUGAAGCAUAUUGACCUCAUGUUCUUGGACCACUACAAACCUGCCUAUACGACCGAUCUGAAACUCUGCGAGGAGUUGGGCUUGAUCACUGAGGGCUCAGUGUUGGCUGCCGAUAACGUGAUCAAGCCAGGCAACCCGCCGUACCUGGAGUACGUCAGGAGCAGUGUCGAACAGAAGGUCAAGAAAGCGAAGCAGAGCGGCAACAGCAAUACAGAGGGUAUCGCUGAGACCAACGUCAAGAUGUACGAGAAGCGAUACGGCGAGGCCAAGUUCAACCAGAGUCCUGGAAAGCCGACCCUCAUCUACGAAAGCAAUCUGGUAAACAGCUACGAGCCUACUGGCGUGCCCGAUGGCAUUGAGAUCACUCGUUGUACUGGAGAGCAAAAGUGAGCAAUCUCCCCGAGAAUCGCAACAUACUGGUGCAGACUCGAUGUUGGCUCCUGGCAGCACAUGUGUGUCAUUAGAAGAUGCAGGAACCUGUUGAUAGAAUGGACCGCAAGACUGUCAGGAAGCCCUUGGACAAUGUUUCUGUAGCAACAGAAGCAACAGUAUCGCGAAAACAAUUAGAACAAUUGCAAAGCUUCGAGAAUUACAUAUUUUUCCAUUAUGC